AGAAAUAGUUUUGAUAAGUAAAGUAAAAAUUUUUUGGUUGAAAAAAAUAAUUAUAAUUAAUUUUUUUAAAACUAAUAGAAAAUUAAUUAAAAACAAAAUUAAACAAAAUGGCCGUCUGGUUAUUAAUUAGUUUAUCAAUGCUAUUGUUGGCAUAUAUUAAUCAGUCAAUUAAUGUCCAAAACACAAUCAAUGGUCAAACAAUCAGCGCUAACAACACCACUAAUCUAAACAAUUUGACAAAUAAUUUGUUGAAUAAUAAAAAUAUUCAACAAAAUAGCAGUAAAUUACUGGAAAAUAAUGAUAAAAUGAGUAACGCUUUCCGAUAUAUCGAUAAAUUUAAUAAAUUGUUUUGUCAGCCAAACCGUACCGAUAGUGAUAUUGUACGCAAAGUUUGGAAUUGCGAACAACAAACAGCAAAAAUUAGUCCCGAAGCUGUUGUACAAAAUUAUAAUCAAAUUCAAAAAAUAAUUGACAUUUGUAUGGAAGAGGAAAAAGAUAGUUUAAAUACAGAGUUAAAAGAUUAUACUAAAGUAAAUCUUAUAAAUGCUAGUGAUGUUAAUAUUGUCAAACGUUAUCUAUAUUCUCAAUGUUCGCCUAAAAUGUCAAAAUGUAAAAUCCUGAAAAGUCAACAUGAUCAAUUAAUAAAACAAUAUUCAGCAAUAUACACUUACGAUGAUCUUCAUUUAGCGGCUAAAUUGAAUUAUGAAUGUGCAUUUAAUGUUAUGAAUAUUACACAUAAUGACAACCCUAACAACAACAACAAUAACAACAAUACUAAUGGCAGCAAAAAUCUUAUAAAAAAUGAUAACGGAUUGCACGGAAUGUUUGCAAACGUAGAGAAAUUGGAUAAAUUGUUUUGUCAGCCAAACCGUACCGACACUGAUAUUGUACGCAAAGUUAGGGAUUGUAAGCAAAAAACAACGAAUCAAAGUUCAGAUUUAUUACAACAAUAUUAUAGUCAAUAUAACAAAAUAAUUGCUGAAUGUAUGGUUGAACAAAAUGAUAGAAUAGCUGCCGAACUGAGCACCUAUACCAAAGUCGAUUGGUUGGCCAAUACUGUAGAUGGUCAAACUGUAAAACGUUUUCUAUAUUCAACAUGUUCAAUGGCAAUGUCGACAUGUAAAAUACUAAAAAGUCAUAAUAAUCCCCUAAUCAUUGAAUUGAAACAGAAAAUCAGCUUGGAACAAUUUGGUAAAUACGCUAGCGUAUAUUAUGAUUGUGCAUUCAAAUUUAUUGGUAAUGAUAAUAAUAAUAGUCAUCAACCAAACAGUCCUACCCUUCCUAACAGUCCUAUCCUUCCUAACAGUCCUAACAAUCAUAACAGUCAUAACUUUCUAAAGUUUCAUAACUUUCCAGAGUUUCCUAAAUUUCAAGAUUUUUAAAAAAUA